GGAGCCUUCUACCCCCACUCCACAGCUCAACCGACCGCGCGCGCGCCCGGCCCGAGCGCACCACCCCUGCUCCCUCCUCCGACCCCGCGAGCCCCGGCCGUUGCCAAAUGUCCACGAUGGGAAACGAGGCCAGUUACCCGGCUGAGAUGUGCUCCCACUUUGACAAUGAUGAAAUCAAAAGGCUGGGCAGGAGCUUUAAGAAGCUGGACUUGGACAAAUCAGGCUCUCUGAGCGUGGAGGAGUUCAUGUCCCUGCCAGAGCUGCGCCACAACCCGUUGGUGCAGCGAGUGAUCGACGUCUUCGACACCGACGGCAAUGGAGAGGUGGACUUCAAGGAAUUCAUCCGGGGGGCCUCCCAGUUCAGCGUCAAGAGCGACGAGGAGCAGAAGCUGAGGUUUGCGUUCAGCAUUUACGACAUGGAUAAAGACGGCUACAUUUCCAACGGGGAGCUCUUCCAGGUGCUGAAGAUGAUGGUGGGCAACAACCUGAAGGACUGGCAGCUCCAGCAGCUGGUAGACAAAACCAUCAUCAUCCUGGACAAGGAUGGCGAUGGGAAGAUAUCCUUUGAGGAAUUCAGUGCUGUGGUCAGAGACCUGGAGAUCCACAAGAAGCUGGUCCUCCUCAUGUGAGCGUUUUUCUUAGGAGCACUACCCAACAACUGCUUUCUUCCCUACCUCUUUCAAGAUUUGCUCAAGACAUUCAACUGUCUGACUUACCUGGAAGUAUUUCUCUUUGUGAAGGCACAUGUCCUAAAAGGAGCUUCAUCACCAGCUCAGUGCUAUUAAUUCUCCUUCUCUGAAUGACUCAAGGGACCCUACAGGGGGAAGAGCAAGUCAAAGGAGCAUAGUGGGGAAAGAGAGGGAAAUGGCUUUUAUAAACGUCUCUUUAUUUUGAUGCAAAGACCAAACUAGAACUUUAAAAAUUCAAAAAUUAGAAAAUAUACAGUUUUGCUGUCAUUUCUCAUGACUUUUUGUAUAAGGGAGGAAAUUUAUAAUUUGCAUGGGGGUUAGGUGAACUGUUUUCAUUUGCCUGUGUUCGGAAAUCUUCCCAGAUUGUUAACUCUCCUAUUGUAGCAACAGGGACAAAUACAUUUCUCUUUGCCGGGC